AUGGCAUGGAUGAAAUUAAAAGAAACUUACAGCAAAUUUGAAAAAACUAUUAAAGAUGAUAAUACAAUACCCAAAUUUGAAUAUUCAAAAAUCAAAGAAAUCCAUGAGAAAUAUUCUGAUAUAAAUAAAAAAAUAGAGGAAUCUAUUGUAAUAAAAUCAAAACCCUGGAAAUCUUUGAAAAAGAAACUUCAAUUUUGUUCACUUAUAACCAUGGUAAUGUUUAUUAAGCAGCAAAACAAUAACUCUGAUAAUACUAAUUCAAAAGACAGCACUGAUUCAAAAGAAAAUCCUGAUUCAAAAAUGGAAAGUUAUGCUUCUGAAUUUUUUUACAAUAUGUUUAUUGAUAGAGAAACAGAUUUCACUAAAUUAGCAAAGAAACAUGUAGAAAAAUCUGAAGGAAUUUUUGCAUCUAUUUAUUCAUUCUUUACUGCUGGACCAAAACCUGAACCUCGUGUUAUUGAAGAGAAUAUUCGAAAAGUGGAGCAAAUGGUAAAUCAAGUAUCUGACUCUGAAUUUGUCAAUGAACUUUAUAAUUCUGAAUUAUUUAAUAUUUCACAAAAAAUGAGGAAUACAAUCAUUGGUUCUUUUCUUAAUGCAUUUAAAAAAUGGAGGGAAACCUUUUCUGAGAAUAUCAAAAAUAUAGUACCAAAAUAUACAAAUAUUAGAACACAUUAUGAAGAAAAAUUAAACAAGGAAUUAUCACAAAGAAUUAAAGUAAUAGAAAAACAUGAAUUCACAAGAAUUUGCCUACUACUUGAAGAAAAAUUUUCAGAUGGAUCAAUUUUUAAAAUUAUAGAAGCUAAAGAAACAACAUAUUAUAGGGAUUUAAAACUUACUUAUGAAAUUGAAUCAUUAAAACCUGAUCAACUAAAGAUUACAUUAUAUGAAACAGGCCUAGAUGGAUCUGAAAAAUUAAAUCUUCAAGGAAAUGAGUUAUAUGUUCCAAAACCUCAUCUUGACAGCAAUAAGAAUUCACAUGCUUCCUUCAAAAUAGAUCCAGAAAUAUAUGAACUCAGAAAAAUAUCCCAGUUUGAAAAUGGAAAGCUCCUAAUAAUACUUCGGAAUAAAAAAUCAAAUCAAAUAGAAAUUUUUUUCGAAAAUUCUAAUCAUUUAAAAUCAACUUUUCAAUUAUCAAAUUUAAAACCAUUAAAAACUUUAAAUCCUGAUGGUGAUUGUCUUUUUGCUAUAAAUGAGCCCAAAGGCUUAAUUGGGAUUUAUGUUGCUGAAAGAGGAGUGCUAAAUGUUUAUGCAUUUGAUGAAAAUCAAGCCAGUCUUUAUAGUCGCAACCCCAAUAUUCAAAUUCUACAAUAUUAUAAUAAUUCAGCACCAGAUAUUAAAUAUUUUUUCUUCAUAAAAAACACUGAAGAAUUAUGUUUUGUGGAAACAAAUGGUAGAGCAAAAAUUUAUAAUCUUAUAACUGGUCAAUUUCGUCCUGCAACAUUACCAGAUUCUACAAAUAUUUCAAGCACACCUGAUGGUUCUUGUAUUGUAGUAUUUGUGAAAGAAAAAUCAACAACAUCAUCUAGUAAUGACGAAAAUGGCACAGAUGUUGACAGUGAUAAUGAAUGCCCAGAAGAGCAAAAACAUUCAAAGAAUAAAGAUUUAACUCCAAAUGAUGUAUUUAAAGCCUAUGUUUAUUUUUGUUCAAAUAUGGGAAACACUGCUAAUAAGGUUGUUGAACUACCUUCAAAUAUGGAUUCAUUAGAAUUCUUUCAAUUUUCAACUAUAAAUGAUCGUCAAAUGCACCUUACAACAAUUGAUGUAGAAAAUAAUUUAUUUCAUUCAUUAAUUACAAAAAUUACCCUUCAAAAAACCCAGUACCAAUUUCAACAACGUAAUCAAAAAAAACCAAUUGGUCAAAUUAGAUUGCUAAAAAUUACCUCUGAUAAUGAUAAAAAUAAAUUUUCAAUCUUAAAAACCAAUUUUAAUCAUAACAUAAAGGAGGGAGAGUACAUUGUCAUUAAAGGACAAAAAUUAAGUGUUGUUGAUGUAAUUUCAGAUACCAAAUUGAAAGUUGCAGGUGUAUAUCAUACCUUAUCACUUGACAAUGAUGAUGCAUGGGUGGACUUUCAAACUGUGCCAAAGACAAAACUUAAUGGUUUUAUUGAUGCAUAUAAAUUAAUGUUUGAAAAGUAUCCAAUUGAAAGUUGCAUAGAUUCUGAGCAAAACAGGCCACUUAAUUUGAAAAUAUUUGAAAAAUAUGUUAUUAGUAUGUUCAAUGAGUUAAAGAAGAAAACAAAAAAACCUGCAUCUAUUUUAAAGCAUUUUAAAACCACCAUUACAACAUUUUCAGAUCUAGACAUUGAAGAAAAUAAUUUUAUAUCAAAACAUUCAAUUAAAUAUCAACUAGGAGAAUGGAUAAUUCAACUUUCAUCAUCAAAUGAUUAUGAGGUAGAUUUUGAUGUUGAACAUGGGCAUCGUUUUGGUGGCAUUGCAGAAAAUAUUUCACUUGGAUGGUAUGAAGGUAUAUUUAAACAUUUUGGUGAUCGUCAAGUCAAAGUUGUUUCAAGUAUGGGUGAACAAUCAUGUGGGAAAUCAUAUAUGUUGAACCACCUUGUUGGAACAACAUUUGAUGGUUCUGCAAUGAGAUGCACUGAAGGAGUGUGGAUGUCAUUAUUUAUAACAAAAAAAUAUAUUUAUGUUGCACUUGAUUUUGAAGGAUUAAAGUCUUUGGAAAGAACACCACAAGAAGAUUUAUUUUUAACUUUGUUUAACACUAUGGUUUCUAACAUGAUACUUUUUAAAAAUCAAUUUGCUGUUAGUAGAGACAUGUCAGGAAUGUUUCAAAGAUUUCAAGAUGAUGUUCAUGAAAAUGAUCGAAAAGGAAUUGUUGAUGAGUUUCAUCUCAAGUUUGAAGAUUUGGUUAAAAAACAAGGAGAAGAUAAUUUUAUUACUAGAAUGUAUAAAAGUGGAUUAACUAUUUUUCCAUGGCCAUUAUUUAAUGAUCCUGCUUGGUUCAAAACUUUGAAAACUGUUAAAAAAAAAUUAGAUAAACAGAAAGCAAAAUAUGAAAAUGCACGAACUUUUUUACAAAACACUAAAGUCAUUAUGGCUAAAUUAAAGAUUUGUGAUUGGGGAUCUUUGGAUGAAAACCUUGUUCAAAUGCGUUUAUCAAUUUUAAAAAGAAUACUUCCAAUAGCUAUAUCUUAUGGCUUAGAGCAAAAGGAGCAAGAAAUUAAGCCCUUAAUAAAUCACAAUACAGGAGAGAAAAUAGAUGAUCAACCUCAAUUAAAUCAUGACACUGGGGAGAAAACAGAUGGCCAAACUCAUUUAUCUAAAUUUGCAGAAACCUUCAAUACACAAAAUGAACUAUUUCCAGAUUCAGAUGUUUUACUCUUUGAAGAAAAUGCUGAUUUUGUUGAUUUUUCAUAUGAUCUAAGAAAUCAAUUUGAAGAUAAAAUUCAAGAAAGGAAAAAGUCUGAAAAAGAUUCAGAAUGGUUUAGUAAAUUAGAAAUGUUUUUCAAUUUUAUUAUUGAACGAAGAGUAUAUCGUGUUGAGCAAUGGUUUUUACAAAAUAUUAACAAAUUUCCACAAGACAAUAGUGAAGUUGUUAUUGGAAAAUAUGCUCUUGAAAAAGAAAUCAACAAUCUUAGGCUUUUUUGGACAUUAUGUGGGCUUUCUUGUCAGGAUUGUGGAUUACGCUGCCUUAAAAAUCAUGGUCAUACUGACAAUCAUGACUGCAAGACUAAUCAUGAAUGCCAUUUCUCAUGUCAAUUUGUAGAGGCACAUAGUUCUUUUAUUCCAACUUGUAGUUAUAAAGCAGGACAUGAUGGGAAACAUGCAUGUAAUAAAACCAGUCAUUUAUGUGGAAAACCUUGUAAACUUAGUGAUAAACGUAAUUGUCAAAAAGUAUGUUCAAAAGAUAUUGGACAUGAAGAUGAUGAACACAUGUGUCAGUCAGAUCGUCAUUAUUGUGGAGAGUCAUGCUCACUCUUUACAUCAAUCAAUAAAGGUGAUAAAGGUGAUUAUGAAUGUCCAAACAAAUGCAUUAUGCCAUGUGAGCUUGAGCAUGAUCAACAUCGUUGUGAAAAUGAGACAUGUCCAAUUGAAUGCCCAAUUUCAGAUUGUCGGAAUAGAUGCCAGAGUAAUAAUCAUUUUCAUGCUUACAGUGAAUUUACAGUUAAUCAUUUUUGUGGUAAUGAUCAUCAAUGUCUUGAGGAAUGUGAAGAGCCAGGUAUUUGUAAAAUUUCAACUGAACCCAAAAAAGAAGAAGCAACUUAUAAAGGGUUGAUCAAAGAAACUUCAAUUAGCUUUUUUAAAUAUAUUCAACAAAGUGAAAGGAUGAGAUGUAAUAAAAGAAUACCACCAAACUCCUUCAAGCAUGAAGGAACACAUUCACAUGAUGAAAAUGGAGUUCAUUUUUGUGAUAAAAAAUGUCAAUUUUGUGAAUAUUAUUGCAACUUACCUCAUGGACAUAUACAAACUUUACAUGAUACUCGCCAUGGAAAUAUGGUACAGACUGAAUUUACUGCAGAAAAUGAUGAAUUUGAGUAUAAGGGACAUAAAUUACAAAUUGGAGAUCAAGGUUCUUUUGUUCUUUGUAAUUUUUAUUGUAAAGAAUUAGGUCGCCAUAGACAUAUUGAUUAUUGUCAAAAUGUGGAGGCAUGUAAAAAUGGACAACAAGGGCAUGAAGUAAUACAUUUAGAUGCACCCAUCAAGCCCAAUCCUGAUGAUAAAAAAGAUUUUGUAACUCAUAAAUUAUUUUGGGGAAGAACUGGCUUUAAAGAUCCAUAUUCAACACAAGAACAAGUAGAAUUUGCAAAAUGUGAUCAUGAAUGUCCAGAUGAAGCUCACAAUAAGCAACAAAGUUCUAAUAGUGCAACUCCCACAAAAUCUUAUUGUGAAUUGGAAAUUUUCCAUAAACCUUUAAAUCCAUCAUCUAGUACAUCAACUGGUAUUGGUUACAUUUCACUGGAUGGUCAUCAGUUCAGCUGUGAUAAUCCAAAUAAAAGAGAAGCAGCAUUUCAUAUUAUAUUUGCACUUGAUCGAUCAGGUUCAAUGGGAUUUAAUGAUAGAAAACCUUUAGAAAACAUUCGUUCAAACAUCCGUCAAAAAAUUGCACAAAAACACAAUAAUAGGCUAGGCGCAGUAUACUCAGCAGUUUAUUCAUUUAUGGAAACACGCCUUACAUCUCAAAGGAAUCUAACUCAGGGUGCCAUUAAUAAAGACACUAUUUCUUUAAUCUUGUUCAACAGUAGUACUAUUGUACCAAUUGAAAAUCAACCAUUAAGUGAUGCAGACAAAUUUUUAGGUACUAUGGUUCAGCAUAAUGCAAGUGGUGGAACUAACUUUGACUUGGCGAUACAGAAAGCAGGGUUCCUAGUUGAUAAAUAUUAUGAUCCAACAAAGACAAAUAUUAUUAUUUUUUUGUCAGAUGGUAAAUGUGGAUCACCAGAUGCUCGAUUAGAAAAUAUUUGUAGAGUCAAUCAACAAAGAGGGUCACCGUUAUAUCUUUAUACAGUUUUAUUUAGCAGUGAUUCUUCUAGCCCAUCAUUAGUAAAGAUGGCUGAUAUCGCACAAAGUCAUCUUCCAACUAAUUCUUCAUCCCAAUCUUUAAAAUGUCAAUUCACUCGAGCUAUUGAUGAAAUAGCUUUGGCUAAUUAUUUUACUGUUGUUGCAGAAAGUUUAAGAGCACAUAAACCUUCUUUAAUGAAAAAGUUGUAA